GGUUCCAGUCCUCUGAACUUGCGAUCGCUCGUCAAAUCUGACGACUUGCUCUCCCUUUUUAUCUUCCACGCGAGAGCAUGGGUUCGCAAGCCUCACCAGUCACCACACGACGACGCUUCCAGCUCUCCGAGCGCCAGCUAGCCAGCAGCUGCGCCGGUCGUCCUCCCUCCUCGCGGGAGGCCAGGAGGCGGAGGAGCUCGCCUCGGGCGCGGCGGCUCGACCGAGGGGCCGGCGCUCCUGUCCUGGUGUUGAACUGACCCCGGCCGCCGGCGUCCGGCGACGAGGGAUGGGGCGCGGCGCCGGGCUGCUCGCCCUGCUGGCGCCUCUCGCCGCCGCGAUGAUGCUGGCCGGCGGCGCCGCGGCGGCCGGCGAGUGCGGCAGGGCGCAGUGCGGCAUGGGUGCGUGCGCCGAGUCCGAAGACUACGCCUUCGGGUUCGCGUGCCAGUGCCGCCCCGGCUGGAGCCGCUUCCACCUCGGCGGCAUGCAGUUCCCCUACCUCCCCUGCGUCAUCCCCAACUGCACCAUCACCAACAGCUGCGACGGGUCGUCCCCGCCGCCGGCUCCCUCGCCGCCGCCACCGCCGCCGCCGCCGGGGCUUCCCAACUUCUCCAUCUUCGACCCGUGCCUGAUGCAGUACUGCGGCGACGGCGGCGCCUGUGAGAAGGUAACCGACUUCACCCACCGCUGCAGCUGCCGCGACGGCUACGCCAACCUCCUCAACGACACCUCCUACCCCUGCUACCGCCAGUGCUCGCUGGGGUCGGACUGCAGGGAUCUCGGGAUCGGCGUGAUCAACGGGUCCACGCCGUCCACGUCGCCGCCGGCGCCCUUCUCCUUCACCGUCAGGAAGUCCGGCGCCGGAGCCGCCGCCGCGCCCGUGGGAUGGCUGCUCGAGCUGCUCAUGCUCGUGUCGUUUCUCUGGCUCCAGGCGAUCUGAGCCCGGCUUUUAGCUCUUUUUGUUAAGAAUAUGCCAUACGAUUUGUCUUCAGAUUAGGCAGGUGCACUAUCAUACAGUACAGCCAAGUUUUAUUUCCGAUUGAAUUGCGCCAGUGUCAUGUAAAAAAUUGUAUUGAGAAAUAAAUGAGCAGCAGACACUACACUACCCUGCAUUCCUA